GCUCACCCAGAGAUAGAGUGCAAAGUGUAUAAUUUAAGAAGGGGAUCCAGGGUUGGGAGGUGUGUGUGAGUGGGGUAGGGGCACAGAGAGGUGGGCACGUACAUGAGGCCAUUUGUUACGGGCUGUUUGGAAGAAAAAAAGACCGAGAAGUGUACUUUUAUCUGCCAUUGGCCACAGCUAGAUUUAAAGUACCAGGCCUUCAAUUUAGUUUGCACGGAAGUGUAAGCUGGAAAAGGUGAAAGAGGGAGACAGAAGAGAGACCUUGUAAGCUCUAGAAAUCCUAAGAGAUGCCAUUAAAGGUGUGAACGUGAUUAAUGGAAAAUAGAAGCCUGGGAGGAAGCUUUGUGUCAUGUAUCCACACCAUCACUUCCUCCCCAUUUAGGUCUGUGAGUGGAAGACCAUAGGUACCAACUAUUUCUGGUAGGGAGUAAUUUUGACUCUUUAUGAAAUGACAUGGGGGAACUUGAAGCACUUCAAGAGGUGGAGUUAAGACUGUGUGAAAGGCAGUGAGGUAAAGAAGAAAGAACAAGGGCUUUGGAGGCAUAAAUAGUUGGGCUCAAAUCCCCAAACCUCCCUUGCCUCAUGUGGGUAAAGUCAUUUCACCAGUCUGAGCCUUAGCUUCCCCACGGUCAACAUGGAGCUCAUACCCGUCUGCUGCAGUUGGUGUGGAAGGCUAAAGAUCUUUAAAACGCUUGCUACCUAGAAGGUGCUCUGUAAAUGUUAGCUUCGUGCUGGGAUGGUUGAGUCUGGGGAUGAGCCUGGAUUAGAUGAUUAUCAGAGGCUCCGGCUUUGUUUUAGAAGUCUGUCUUUAGCUGGCGUUUUAAAUGAGGCUGAUCACGUAAAACAGUUGGGCAAAGGUGGGGGGUGUCUUGUUCCUGCCUUCUGUCUCUCAGAUCUCACCUCUACCUCUGCCCUGCAGUCGUGGGGAAUUCCUUUGAUUAUAAUAUGAAAACUACUCCUUUUGCAGAAGGAGAGUGGGUUCCACAGGGCUGUGUGACGUCCUGAGAACCACUGCUACCCGUGGUGGCAGAGCUGGAACAAAACCCCAGGCUUAAAUCCACCCGUGGGCUGCGAAUGCCACUCUCUGACUUCCAAACCGAUUGCAUGUACGCUGCUCACUUGUUUGCCAGGUGUAGGAUGGGACACAGACCAGGGGAGAGUGGCGGAAAUGGCCCGCUAGAUUGGAAGAACACGAACUAUUGAAGAGUGUGGUGCGGAGGGCUUGCGUGUCUGAUGACACGUAUACAAGUAGCUCUGCAGUGUCUCUCUCCCCCAGGACACCCAGACCUCUCCAGCCCCCGGCACCCAAUGACCUCCCUCCCCGUGGCCACAUGCCUUUGGGUUUGCUGCUGUCAGUAGGGUAUAAGUAACAUUCCCACAGUGAGCGGAUACUGAGUCUGUGCUGUGAAGAGCUUCUUGCUGCUUUGAAAAUUGCUCAGACACUGCAGUAUUCGGUCAGGGGCUUCAGCUUGGAACCAGUGAUUCAGGGUAAAGGCUCCUUGAUAUUUUUGAAGUUAAGAAUAUGUGUGUCGCAAUCUGUUCUUCAACAAGACCUACUAGUUAGUAAAGGAAGAUUUAGAGAUCUUUCAGUCCUAUACAGGGAUAGAACCUCCUGUCUUGUUGACAUGGGGGACACGGUGGUGAGAACGUAUGAGGCUAGGACCUGCAAUGUGCAGGGUGAGUAGAGAUGGGAAGAGUGGCAGGGUCAGGUCUGGGAACUGGGAUUGGUCAUCUGGGUUGGAGGAUGAUCAUUGUUUACAUGGUGGGUUUGCUUUCUCAUCACUGCUGGAGGCUGCUCACGCCAAAGAAUUCUCCUUUGAGAAACUUAAAAUCCUCAGCGUGUACUCCCUAAACUUAAGGGGUUCGACAUAAUAGCACCAGGUACCUUACAGGGGAGGAAAGGAUGGCAUCCAUUGGUCAUAGACUGCUGCUGGGUAAUAAAGUUUUUUGUUUUUAAUUUUAUUUUUUUAUUUUUAAAGAUUUUAUUUCUUUAUUUGACAGAGACACAGCGAGAGAGGGAACAUAAGCAGGGGGAGCGGGAAAGGGAGAAGCAGGCUUCCCGCUGAGCAGGGAGCCCGAUGGCGGGGCUCGAUCCCAGAACCCUGGGAACAUGACCUGAGCUGAAGGCAGACACUCAAUGACUGAGCCACCCAGGCGCCCUGUAAUAAAGUUUCAAAACGAGUUUGUUCUUUUUUUUAUUAUAAAAGCCUUACAUGGCUCAUUAGAGAAAGCUAGAAAAUAAGGCAAACGUAUCCUUCCACCCCCAAUUGCUAACAUCUAGAUUCUAAAACAUUUCUUUCUCCCCACCCCUUGCACUUCUGACAAUGCCAUGUACUUCACAAUGUCAGAUGAAACUUGCCAACUGGUUGCCUCAUCCCCAGCUCACGAAGUGCACUCUAAUCUUAGCAUCUUAGAAUCGUUACAUAGAAGUGGUAUGGGGCUAGGCGAUCUCUCAGAUUACUCCCAGCCUAUCUUAUUUUAUCUUGUCUGUCUUAUCCUACAAUGCCUUGCUUCAAAGCCACCUGUGAAGCCAUCCUCGACAAAGUGGAAAGCGAUUCCUAGAAUUUUUUGUAUCACUCAUGUCAUGCGGCAUGUAUGACUUGCAUUAUAGUUAUUGUUUAGGUUUUCCUUGAGUGAUCUGAUGGGGGAUUUUGAGGCUGCAAGGCAAGGAUAAUGACUUACUCAUUUUUGUAUUAUUCCCUAGCACCCAGCUGUUGAGUAUGACUGAAGGUAGAAGUUUAAUAACUAGAUGAGUUGCCUGAGUCAAGAUGAAAAGCAAUCCAGGAUGGAGUGGGAUUUGAGCUUAAUCUCAAGGUUAAGCUUAGAAAGAGGACAAGGGAUCAGGAAAGCACAUGGGAGAUGAAGAGCAAGGUGGGAGCAACGGAGCUCUUCCUCAGGUUUCUUGAGAGCAUACUUUGGCAGCUGGGACCAACCCUGGUUGGGUUGUGGCCUCCCUGUUCCAUUUUCCUGUCAUUUUCAACUUUGUUGAAAAGUCUAAAGGGGAACUAAAUCUCUUCCUGUACUGGUAAAGUAAGGUGAGGGUGAGGCAUAUUUCUAGUGACUUCUCAACUAACCUCUCCAUUAACCCCUUAUGCUGACUCCCACAGUUCGUUUUAGUGGAGGGACUAACGAGGCUUCUUUUCGAAUCUGGCCCCCUUUAUUCUGGUCUCUCUCCUAGUUUCAAGGAGCUGCUCAUGCUCACUGUGGGGAGGUACAUGUACUGCUCUGCAGAGAAUAUUCUCGGAUGGUCCCUUGAGGUGUCGUGUAAGCUGAAAUCUGAACAAGGUGCCAGCCAAGAGUGCUUGGAUAGGAGGAACAGCAGGUGCUAAGUUGAGAGUGCUAAGAGCUUGAGGUUUUUAGGAACCACUAGAAGAUAGGUGGCUGAAGCCUCAUGAGCCGGAGCCGGAUCACGCAGGGCCUUGUUGCCAUUGUAGGGAUUGGAAUCUGUUCUUGGCACAGUGGGGAGCAGUUUGAGGGUUGGAAGCUGUCGAGGGCUUUAGUCUGUCAGGGGGCAAAGGUGGAAACAGACCGCUGCAUUCCGAGGCUGUUGCGGUCAUCUAGGCAGGGCAUGGUGGUGACAUGAGUGACUUCACAACUGACAGGGUUUGCUGAUGGAGAAGGUUUGAGGCCGAGGUGGUGAGGGGGAGAGGAACCGAGAGCAGCUUCCGUGUGGAUGGCGAACAAUGAGAGAGGAAGAGGUCUGUGGAAAAAUCGAGAUUCUUAUUUUGCCAUGUUUGUCUUACCCGUGAAGCCCUGAAGAGCAGAUGGCAGGUGGGCAGGUGGAUGACAACCCUGGCGUUCAGCAGGGAGGACUGGGCUGGAGCUGGAUGUUUAGGAGUUAUUACCUCAUCGUGAACUCCAGAAGAUGGGAGACGAGAUCCAUGGCCACAGAUGUUUUGGCUUCUGAUGGGAGGGGGAGCCUUUCUUCCACUAUAAAGAGGAAGGAAAGAGAAGACCGCACAGUUGCCGAAAGGCUUUGGCAGCACCUGUUCUAGAGAGAAGCCUGAAGCUUGGGAGUGCACCAUGCCUCAGGUAUCUGUCGCCGCGAUUUACGGAAGGACCGACGACUUGGGAUGGUGACGGUGCGCAGGCCGUGGCCCGCCAUGGCCACAGUGCUGCUGGCCCUGCUCGCCUGCCUGGGGGCGCUGGUCCACGCCUACCCCGCCAAACCCGAGGCCCCCGGCGAAGACGCCUCGCCGGAGGAGCUGAGCCGCUACUACGCGUCGCUGCGCCACUACCUCAACCUGGUCACUCGGCAGCGGUAUGGGAAACGCUACAGCCCGGAAGCGGCCCUCUCGAAACUGCUCUUCCCCGACGGCGAGGACCGCGGGGUCAAGUCACGGCCAGAAGGCGCGUACAUGUGGUGACGACCCCAAGGGUUCCUGGGAGAUAUGCUAACUACACCGACCUCAUUUGCAUGGUUGCUCCUGACCCCGGAACCUGGGUUCCUCUCCCUGCCUGCUGCGCCUGGGGGGUGGGUGCGGGAUGGG